AUGUUGCAGGAUGAUCAGUGUGAGGAGAGCAAUGCGGCUUCGGAAAAAUCAAACCAUCUGUUUUGGACUUGUAAGCGGGCUCGUGAGAUGUGGGAAAGCUCCAAGCUCGUAAUGCAAUUUACAGCUGAGCAGAAUUGUUCCUUUAAAGACCUGCUGUGGAGCUUAUGUAUGGAGGUGGAGAGUUCACCGGAGCUGGUAGCAAAGAUGGUGACGCGUGCCUGGGUGUUAUGGGGAAAUCGGAAUGAAAUGCACAAGGGAGGAAAGCGGAAAUCAGGUCUGGAACUGGUUCGUUGGGCAACACAAUAUUUAGAGGAGUAUUAUGCUACUACGAUCGUUGAGCCUGAUGUAAGACCUCCAAGCAUCCAACCAGUUAGGUGGCUACCUCCUCAAGGUCAGACGUACAAGGCCAAUGUGGACGGGGCAGUAUUCGCAAAGCUAAAGGCAGUGGGCAUAGGGGUGGUCAUACAGGAUAAGGAAGGGAGAGUUAAGGCUGCUUUGAGCAAGAAAAUAAUGUUGCCACUAGGACCUGUUGAAGCAGAAGCUAAGGCAGUUGAAGUGGGAGUGCAGUUUGCAAAGGAUGUGGGCAUUAGGGAUGUCAUGGUGGAAGGUGACUCCCUUAUUAUGCAGCAUGCUUUGAAUGAGUUGGCUCCGCCUCCACCAUUAGUGGAUGCUGUCAUUGUGGAUAUAGAAGCUUCUUGUGCAGAAUUCCAUCACAUAGCAUUUACACGUGUGUCGUCAAGGAAACAACCCAGCCCAUCUAUUAGCAAAAUAUGUCAAAGGCAUCGAUGA